CAGGAGGGUCCUUUUUCUACAAGAGUCGAAACCGGUGGCUCUGGAACGUUCUAGUCAGAGCGGGAGAUAAAUCUGAAUCUCAACCCAUCUGAAGUCGAGCAGCCGUUUCUGUGUUUUGGGGUACAGCUGUCCCCAUCAUAAGUAUUUUAGUCAAAUAUUCCGACGCAAAUAAGCAAUGGCUGCACCAAAGAUGCCAAGUGGUGGGAUGAAAAACAAAGGACGAGGGGCAUAUGUAGACCGUGACAAACCAGCACAGAUUCGGUUCAGUAACAUCUCCGCAGGAAAAGCUGUCGCUGAAUGCAUCAGAACCAGCCUUGGCCCCAAGGGCAUGGACAAAAUGAUUCAGGAUGGGAAGGGUGAUGUGACCAUCACCAAUGACGGGGCCACCAUCCUGAAACAGAUGCAGGUGCUGCACCCUGCAGCCAAGAUGAUGGUGGAGCUGUCCAAAGCACAGGAUAUUGAGGCUGGUGACGGCACUACCUCGGUGGUGGUGAUUGCUGGUGCCCUGCUUGACGCAUGCGGCAAGUUGCUUCAGAAGGGUAUCCACCCCACCACUAUCUCUGAGUCGUUCCAGAAGGCGGUGGACAAGGGCGUCGAGGUGCUGACGGGCAUGAGCCAGCCGGUACUCCUGAGCGACCGCGAGACACUGCUGAACAGUGCCACCACCUCUCUGUGCUCCAAGGUGGUGUCGCAGUACUCCAGCCUGCUAGCGCCCAUGAGCGUGGACGCCGUGAUGCGCGUCAUCGACCCGGCCACUGCCACUGGCGUGGACCUGCACGAUAUCCACAUUGUCAAGAAGCUGGGUGGGACCAUUGAUGACUGUGAGCUGGUGGAUGGCCUGGUGCUGACCCAGAGGGUGGUCAACUCCAGCGUGUCCCGUGUGGAGAAGGCCAAGAUCGCCCUCAUCCAGUUCUGCUUGUCCCCGCCGAAAACUGACAUGGACAACCAGAUAGUAGUGUCAGACUAUGCCCAGAUGGACCGUGUGCUGCGCGAGGAGCGCGCCUACAUCCUCAACCUGGUCAAACAGAUCAAGAAGGCGGGCUGCAACGUCCUGCUCAUCCAGAAGUCCAUCCUCAGAGAUGCUCUGAGCGAUUUGGCCCUCCACUUCCUGAACAAGAUGAAGAUCAUGGUGGUCAAGGAGAUCGAGAGGGAGGAUAUUGAAUUCAUCUGCAAGACCAUUGGCACCAAGCCCAUCGCCCACAUUGAUCAGUUCCUUCCCGAGAUGAUGGGCACCGCCGAGCUGGCAGAGGAGGUCAGCCUGGAUGGCUCUGGCAAGCUGGUCAAAAUCACAGGCUGCACCAGCCCUGGUAAGACGGUGAGCAUCGUGGUGCGUGGAUCCAACAAGCUGGUGAUUGAGGAGGCGGAGCGCUCCAUCCACGACGCUCUGUGUGUCAUCCGCUGUCUGGUGAAGAAGAGGGCUCUGAUCGCCGGUGGCGGCGCUCCUGAGAUCGAGCUGGCCCUGCGUCUGGCUGAGUACUCCCGCACGCUGCCAGGCAUGGAGGCAUACUGCGUGAGGGCCUACGCAGACGCCCUGGAGGUGGUGCCGUCCACACUGGCCGAGAACGCCGGCCUCAACCCCAUCUCCACUGUCACAGAGCUCCGCAAUAGGCACGCCCAAGGCGAGAAGACUGCCGGGAUCAAUGUCCGUAAGGGCGGUAUCUCCAACAUUCUAGAGGAGCUGGUGGUGCAGCCUCUGCUGGUGUCUGUCAGCGCUCUGACCCUCGCCACCGAGACGGUCCGCAGCAUCCUCAAGAUUGACGACGUGGUGAACACCCGAUAAGGAGUUACGAGGAGAUUUGUCGAUGUAGCAAGAACCCAGCCUGUGUUACUGCACGUGCUUGUGCCACAAGGAGUCAUAGGACCGGCAGCUUGCUAAGACCCGUAUGUCCAGAAGUCCUCUGUAGUUGAUGCAGUCUGUAAUUUAAUAAAACAGUUGUUUUUUGACACUC